AAUUAAAAAAAUAAAUAAAUAAAAAAUAAACAGAAAAGAAAAGGAAAUAUAAGAAAGAGGUUGUUUUGUCUAAAAUCUCAACAGAGGGAAAAAAAUAAAAAUAAAAAUAGAAUCCAGUUGUGAAUUGUCGAACAAGAAGAUGAAGAAAGUCCACCAUUGCUGAGCUUUCGAAAGCUACUCUACUCUACUCUAUCUUUGUCUCAGAUCGGCUUCUCCCUAUUGUUACACGUUUCUGCGUUUCGUGGGAAAAAAAAACUAAUUUGCUUCCGAGAUUAGGGCUUUCGAUUGGGUGAUUCGAUCAUCGAUUGUUACUUUUGCGAUUGGUUUCGUGAAUUCUUCUGGCGUUUCUUUCAGGGAUUUCUCGAGUGUUGGUGAUUUUUUCCCGACAUGGAUUUGGUAUCUGGAUAUAAGGGUGUUGUUGGUCUGGCUUUCGGUAAUGAGAACUCCGGUUCAAAUGAAGAUAGGCUUCCCUGUUCUGAUGAGCGUGUUAAAGGAAGAACGUGAUGAUGUAGAAAUGUUCUGAGGUGCUCUAGAAACUCUUGUAAGUGCCUUGACUCCUAUUGGCCAUGUGAAAGCACAAAAAAAUGAGGUUCAACCUGAGUUAAUGAACGCUGAUUUGCUUUCCAGAGAGGCAGACAGCAUUUCACUUCUUCUGAAUUUGUUGGCCGAGGAUGAUUUUUAUGUUCGAUAUGAUACUCUUCAAAUCUUGACAGCUCUUCUCACAAACUCUCCUAACAGAUUACAGGAAGCCAUUCUCACGAUUCCUCGUGGUAUAACACGUUUGAUGGAUAUGCUUAUGGAUCGUGAGGUUAUACGAAAUGAGGCUUUACUACUUCUUACUUACUUGACCCGGGAAGCUGAGGAAAUUCAAAAAAUUGUGGUCUUUGAAGGUGCAUUUGAGAAACUUUUUAGUAUUAUUAAAGAGGAAGGGGGUUCAGAUGGUGGUGUUGUCGUGCAGGGUGUGGAGGAUUACCAUGAAAUUGUUGAACUCGUAGGUGAAUGGUCAUUUAAGAAGGGUGUUGUUGGUCUGGUUUUCGGUAAUGAGAACUCCGGUUCAAAUGAAGAUAGCUAUGUUGAACGAUUGCUUGACCGAAUAAGCAAUGGUAAGCUGGCAGAGGACAGGAGGAACGCUUUGGUUGAGCUUCAGUCUGUUGUGGCAGAAAAUCGUGCUGCACAAUUGGCAUUUGGUGCAAUGGGCUUCCCUGUUCUGAUGAGCGUGUUAAAGGAAGAACGUGAUGAUGUAGAAAUGAUCCGAGGUGCUCUAGAAACUCUUGUAAGUGCCUUGACUCCUAUUGGCCAUGUGAAAGCACAAAAAAAUGAGGUUCAACCUGAGUUAAUGAACGCGGAUUUGCUUUCCAGAGAGGCAGACAGCAUUUCACUUCUUCUGAGUUUGUUGGCCGAGGAUGAUUUUUAUGUUCGAUAUUAUACUCUUCAAAUCUUGACAGCUCUUCUCACAAACUCUCCUAACAGAUUACAGGAAGCCAUUCUCACGAUUCCUCGUGGUAUAACACGUUUGAUGGAUAUGCUUAUGGAUCGUGAGGUUAUACGAAAUGAGGCUUUACUACUUCUUACUUACUUGACCCGGGAAGCUGAGGAAAUUCAAAAAAUUGUGGUCUUUGAAGGUGCAUUUGAGAAACUUUUUAGCAUUAUUAAAGAGGAAGGGGGUUCAGAUGGUGGUGUUGUCGUGCAGGAUUGUCUUGAAUUGUUAAACAAUCUUCUCCGUAGCAAUGCAUCCAAUCAGAUACUGUUGAGGGAGACAAUAGGCUUUGAUCCCUUAUUGUCAAUUUUGAAGCUACGAGGAGUUAGUUAUAGUUUCACCCAACAAAAGACAAUUAAUCUACUCAGCGUGUUAGAAACCGUUAAUUUAUUAAUUAUGGGAGGUUCAGAGGCUGAUCCUGGGAAAGAAGCAAACAGGUUGACAAAUAAGGCAACCCUUGUUCAGAAAAAAGUAUUGGACCAUCUUCUAAUGUUGGGUGUUGAAAGCCAGUGGGCACCUGUUGCUGUUCGAUGUUCGGCAUUAAAAUGCAUUGGUGAUCUUAUACGUGGGCAUCCUAAAAAUCUUGAGGCUCUUGCAAGCAAAACUCUUGGUGAAGGACUGCAAGAACCUGCUCUUAAUUCGAUUCUUCGGAUAAUCUUGAGGACUUCCAGUACACAAGAGUUCGUUGCAGCUGAUUAUGUUUUUAAAAGCUUUUGCGAGGAAAAUGCGGAUGGUCAAGCAAUGUUGGCAUCCACAUUAAUCCCUCAACCAUACCCCAUGGCUCAUGCUCCUAUUGAGGAGGAUGUAAACAUGUCAUUUGGAAGCAUGCUGCUACGAGGUUUUACUUUGAGUGAAAGUGAGGGAGAUCUUGAGACUUGCUGCAGAGCCGCUAGUGUUCUUUCUUAUGUACUCAAGGACAAUAUCCAGUGCAAGGAAAGGGUUUUAAAAAUUGAACUCGAGGCACCCAUGCAAUCUCUAGGUUCUUCUGAGCCUCUAAUGCACCGCAUGGUAAAAUAUUUGGCUCUUGCCUCUUCCAUGAAAAACAGAGAUGGAAAGUCUAAUGGGGCUAGGAAUGCAUAUGUUCAACCUAUUAUUUUGAAAUUGCUAGUCACCUGGCUUGUUGACUGCCCAAGUGCAGUGAACUGUUUUCUAGAUUCACGAGCCCACCUUACAUAUUUGCUCGAGUUGUUGGCAAAUGAAUCUGAACCAGUGUGCACAAGGGGGUUGGCUGCUGUUAUAUUGGGAGAAUGUGUGAUUUGCAAUAAAUCAAUUGAGAGUGGUAAAGAUGCUUUUUCACUAGUUGAUACAGUAAGCCAGAAAGUUGGACUUACAUCAUACUUUCUGAAGUUUGAAGAGAUGCAAAAAAGCUACCAUUUUGCUACCGCAAGCUCCGCCCAGCCGCGUAAAACACUGAGUAGAUCUACUGCCGCUAGUAUGGCAGACAUUGAAGAUGUUGAUGAGAGUUACUCGCCUGAUGGGAAAAAUGAAGAUCAUCCCAUAAUGUCAUCAAUAUUUGACACCCUUUUCGUGACCCUGGUUAAGAGACUGGAGGCAGAUAUUAGGGAAGCAAUUAUAGAUGUUUACAGUCAUCCGAAGAGCAAGGUGGCUGUAGUGCCUGCUGAAUUGGAACAGAAGAGUGGGGAAAGCGAUGCAGAGUACAUCAAAAGGCUGAAAGCAUUUGUGGAGAAGCAAUGCAAUGAGAUACAGGAUCUUCUUAGCCGGAAUUCUGUUUUGGCGGAGGACCUGGCGAAGUCUGGAGGGGGAAGUCACUCCCAAACUGAGCCUAGAGCGAGUGGAGCCUUAGACAGGGUCCAAGUAGAGAAACUUAGACGAGAUCUUCAAGAAACAUCUCAACGGUUGGAGUUGCUCAAAUCGGAAAAAGCCAAGACUGAGUCAGAGUCAUCCAUGUACCAGAAUUUAGCUGCCAAGAUGGAAUCUGAUCUGAAGAGCCUAUCAGAUGCUUACAAUAGUCUUGAGCAGGCAAAUUUCCUUUUGGAAAAAGAGGUGAAAGCAUUAAGAAGCGGAGCAGGAGGGUCUUCAACGAUUCCAGAUAUCGAGGCAAUAAAGGCCGAAGCAAAGGAAGAAGCUCAAAAGGAGAGUGAAGCAGAGCUCAACGAUUUGCUGGUGUGCCUUGGGCAAGAACAGAGUAGAGUGGAGAGACUAAGUGCAAGGCUAUUGGAGUUGGGAGAGGAUGUGGACCAACUGCUUGAAGGUAUCGGCGAUGAUGCUGGACUUGCAGACGAUGAUGACGAUGAAGAUGAGGAAGAAGAAUGAUGAUGGGUCUUUUAUAUGAAUUUUACUUCCAUUGCAUUGCAUUGCUUUGCCUUCCUGCUCUGGUUCUCACCCUUGUACAUUUUCUGGUUGAACUGUACAGAUUGUUUUACAAAAUUUGCUAUGCUUGAAUUCCUGAACUAACUUUAUUUUUAAUCCUUUUAAGUUUGACUUUAAAUUAUGAUUAAUUCAGUUCAGACCCUCCUCA